AAACAAAACCCGGGGGAAGGAAAUCCAAAAGGCUGCGGUUGCAGGUCUCGCAACGGAAGAAAGGGGGCGCCUGCUGCUGCGUGGACCUGCGAGACUCUCCUAGCGUAGGAGGAGGACGGCCGAGCUGGGCAGUGCAAGGCAACUCGGGGCCGCCCCGCCGCAAGGUCCAAUGGGAAGAGAGGCGCUGCUUGCCUUGCCUAAGCCUUCCUCGUCCCUUUUCCUCCCUCCGGAGGUGCGGUUCUCGUGCCGCGUCUGGGGGCAAAGCCGCUUUUUAUUUUAGCUUUUAGGGCGGUUGCUGAAGCGAGGGUCCUAUCCCUAGAAGGAAAGCAAGCGGGCGGGCUUGGGCUGGCUGCUUCUUCUUCUACUUCAGUUCAAGCAGACGGCGGGAGCAGCAGCAAAGAGUGGAGGCGGCGGCGCGGAAGAGGCAGCUCUGCCCCUGAGCUCGGUGGGGCCAUGGGCUGCAGCAGCCGGCGCUUGGGGGCUGCUCUCUCCCUGCGGCUUCUUCUCGCCGAGCUGCUGCUGCUGCUGCUGUUUGGGAGCUCUGCGGAAAAGCUCGGAGGCCAGAUGUCCUCUGCCUUCGAAGAAAGGCCCUUUAUCCCAGGAAGAAGCAUCAGUUGCGAAGGAGAUGGAUGUGGACCUAUGCUAUUCCAUCAAGACAGUGGAACUCUGGCAUCAAAGAACUAUCCUGGGACUUACCCAAACUACACUAUCUGUGAAAAGAAAAUUGAGGUGCCUAAGGGUAAACGUCUGAUCUUGAAAAUUGGAGACUUGGAUAUUGAAUCCCAGAAAUGUGAAUCUAACUAUCUUAGCAUCCACAGCUCUACAACAGUGCACGGACCAUACUGUGGGAAUGUGCCUGUUCCUGAAGAAAUAAUCUUGGAUUCUAAUGAAGCAACUGUUCACUUUGAAAGUGGGUCCCAUGUGUCUGGACGGGGCUUUCUGUUGUCCUUUGCUAGUAGUGAUCAUCAAGAUCUAAUCACAUGUCUGGACAGAGCAAACCACUAUGUGGAGACUGAGUACAGCAGGUACUGUCCAGCUGGCUGCAGAGACCUAGCUGGUGAGAUAUCUGGGAACAUAGUGGAAGGAUACAGAGAUACUUCCUUGUUGUGCAAAUCAGCCAUACAUGCUGGAGUUAUUGCAGAUGAGUUGGGUGGCCAGAUCAGUGUGAUUCAGAAGAAAGGAACAAGUCGGUAUCAAGGAAUUCUGGCCAAUGGCAUCCUUUCACAGGAUGGCUCUCUGUCUGCCAAGCGGUUUAUUUUUUCCUCAAAUGGUUGCAACAAAUCGCUGAACCUGGAUAGAGGCAACACUUCUAAUGGCCAGAUCACUGCAUCAUCAUUCUGGGAUGAAUCCAAUGAAAUUGGGAAGGUGGUUCAGUGGUCUCCAAGUAAGGCAUGUCUUUCAGUUCAAGGACCAUCCUGGGCAGCAAACCAGAGCAACCAUCGACAGUGGCUAGAAAUAGACCUGGGAGAGAGAAAAAGAAUAACUGGAAUUAGAACUACUGGAUCCACUAUGCCAGAUUUUAAUUUUUAUGUUAAGACAUUUAUUGUGACCUAUAAGAAUAAUUCAAAGUGGAGGACGUACAAAAGGAUCCUAAGCAAUGAAGAAAAGAUAUUCAAAGCCAAUUCUAAUCAUGGAGACAUAGUCUGGAAUAAUUUCAUUCCUCCUAUAGUGGCCCGGUAUGUGAGGGUUAUUCCACAGAGCUGGCACAAAAGAAUAGCUCUGAAAGUGGAACUUAUUGGUUGUCGCAUAGCACAAGUUAACAGCACAGGGAUCUCAAUCAGAAAAGAAGAUCGAACAAUCACAGAACCCAUACCUUCAGAAGAAAGUGACUUGGGAUUGAAACUUACUGCAAUAAUUGUUCCAGUCCUGAUGCUGCUGCUGUUCCUGAUAUGUGGAAUCUGUAUUUAUAGUGCCAUACAAAAGAGAGGAAAGAAAGGAGUUGCUUAUGGCUCAUGUGACAAAGGAAAAACAGGUUGCUGGAAACAAAUCAAACGGCCUUUUGUCAGACAUCAGUCUACUGAAUUCACCAUCAGUUAUAAUAAUGAGAAGGAUACGCCUCAAAAGCUAGAUCUGGUCACAAGAGAGAUGGCAGAUUAUCAACAACCUCUCAUGAUAGGAACUGAGACAGUGACCCGAAAGGGAUCCACUUUUAGACCAGCGGACACAGAGGAUGAGAUGAAAGGCAGCACGGAGACUGGGAACCAUUACCACUGUCCACAAAGACCUAAUCGCCAUGAUUAUGCUCUGCCUUUGACCAAUCAGGAGCCUGAAUAUGCCACUCCCAUUAUAGAGCGACAUGUAGGAAGAGAAAAUGCUGUUUCUUCUGAGAAUUGCUAUAACAUCCCUACAGUUUCUUCUACUCAUAAAUAUACUCUUUCUACAGGCAGUUUCUCUGCCUUAUGCCAGACUGAUGCUGGGAAUGGAAACUAUCAAAUACCACAAAGUCAGAAAGACUAUGAUAAGCCAAAAGGUGGUAAUAACUUAGCCACAGUGGACUAUAGUACUGGCUAUCAAAAGCCCCAAACUAGCUCACUGGCAAAUGAGGGCUAUUCAACACCCAGAUACUGCCUAAAACCAAUAAAUCAGACUGCAGUGACAGCUCUUCUGUAAUUUGUAAAGCAAGGAAAUAAUGGUCCAGACACUGGAAUGAAUUGAGAGCAAAAAGAUCUUAGUUCUUGUACACUGACGGAGCAAAGGUGAGUAUAUACAGUUCAUCACUGCUUUCACCAAGAGAAACCUUCUGCAAGCUAGUGAUACUCCAAAACUGUGAUAUUGGUGCUCAUUCUAAUAUGCAAUCUGUACAUACAUUUUUAAUUUAAGAAAAACGUAAUUAUUUUGA